AUGAGCCAAACAGUCCUACGAGCAACACCAACAACCACGCACUCGACUCAGCCCCAGUCUCAGACUCAAUCUCAGUCGCAGGCUCAGUCGCAGUCGCGUUUGCAAUCGCGGUCGACGCGAUCUUCGCCGCAACGGAAACGCACCCACGAUUUUUCAAGUCCGCUCGUGAAAAAGUCCAAGAUCCUAGAAGACUUGCAAAAACGGGACUUGGACUUUAUCAAGCCGUUGCCCGUGCCCACGUUGCCGCGCCAUCGCCUGCCACCGCCGCCGCCGACGCUGAGUCAUGACGCAGGUGGGAGUAUCGAUGACUCGUUUUCUAAUAAGAUUACGCGGUUGAGUUCUGUUUCUCCAGCUAAGACUACUCGAGCUCGGGGUCAGGGUCAGGUUUGGACUCAGGUUCGGGCUAAUGCGGAGGCGAGCUCUGGUUCCAACGGGCAACAAACUGGAGUGCACGCGAGCCGCAGUUCCAGGACGCGACGAAUGCUGCAACCGCCAAAAGUUUCAAAUCAAAAUGCGGUCGAAAAUGAAGAGCAAGCUCAACGACAGGAGGAGGAGGAGGAGGUGCCCAUCGAAGUCCAACUAUUGCGGUUUUUCGCUGAGCGGAAAGUUUGGCGGAAAAGACAAGAGACACUGCGACGAGACGAUAUAUUGGCGAUGCGGAAAAAGCACGACCAGCAGAUGGAGGAGCUAUUGAAACGCCAUGAUACGAUGCGGGAAACGGAGCGGGAGUGGGAGAAUAAGGAGGUGAGGAAGAUUGUCGCGAAUUUGAAAAAACAAGGUACGCCGCGGCAUAGUUCACGCGUGCAGCAGGAAAAUGCGAUGGAGAUUGCAGCUGGGGAUCUGCGACUGCCGCAAGCCACCGGACCAGUAAAUAACUCCAAUUCUUCAAGUGAUGAGUCUAGUGAUGAGUCGAUUGCCGGUUCGGAUGCUGAGUACCAUGGCGACGAUGACUUUGAGCCUCUUGAUGAUGAUGAUGAUGAUGACGGGAGAGCGAAAACGAAGCCCUCGCGCGGUGUGAGGACGCCAAAUGUUGAGAGAUCCAAGAAGAACAACAUGCACCUGAUAAUGUCGCCGACAAAGAAUGCAAAUGGCUCUCGGGUUUACAACGGCACCAGUAGACUGCAUGUUUCUAGUGCCGAAAUCCUGGUGGAUGCAAGCGAGCAGGAGCGGGCGCAAAACCAGGAAAAGAAUCGCGCUAGAUUGAAAGUGAAAAAGACGCUCUUUGCAGAUUUGGAUGGGAUGAGCAGCAGUGAUUCGGAUAGUGACUCUUUGGUUAGUCAACAAGACCGACGCGACUCGUUGAACAUGGGCAACGAGGGAAAUGAGGUAAAUGGGGGAAACGGUCCCCUGCGGGUUUCUGCUGAAGAAGAUGAUGAUGAUACGAUUCGUGGCAAUUCCGGAAGAGACAAAGUUGAUGACGCGAGAGAGACGUUACAACGAGCCAAUGUAUCGGCUCAACAGGUAUAUUUGGAUAAACUUGAUGCUCCGGCUAAUAGAAUCGCGGGUUCAUUCACGUCGACGCCAGCUAAACUAUUGACACGGCCAACUGAACAAGUUUCACUACACAAGUCCCCGACAACUCCCGCAUGGAAUUCUUUCUUUGUAGUGAGUCCAUCAAGCAAGAAAGAAGCAGAGUUGACAUUUGAUGAUGAUGAUGACGAUGAUGAUGCUGAGGAAGAAGAAGAACAAGGAGAACAAGAUGAUGAAAGCACGAGUUUUUUAAAACUGCUGCGAGCCAAACCUCCACCAGCCAACUUGGGAAUCGAAGCAGCCAAGAACAGCCCAUUAUCUGUUCUCAGGUCCAGAGUCACCAAGUUGGACGCGAUGCGCGCCAAGACGGGGUUUCCCGAGAGUAGCAUUGUCGAUCACACUUUGCAAUUAAAGAGCAACACUGCGAGGAAAAUAAAAAAGAUCAAGAGGCUCUUCUCGCCAGCAGAUAUUACAAUUGAUAGCAGCAGUAGCAGUAGCAGUAGCAGUAGUAGUGCUGGGACCGGUGGUGAUGGUAGCAGUAGAAACAGUAUUAGCGUUAGCGACGAUGACGAUGACGAUGACGAUGACGAUGACGAUGACAUCGGAGAGGGAAAUAUCGAGAUGGAUGAAAUUCCAGGUGAACCGGACAAUUGGAGUAGAAGAGACGCGCGCGUGAAUGAAUGA